AUGACCACUCAUACCUUCUUCGAAAUCGUGCGCGCCGUCCUCGACCGACAUACCGAGGCACUUUCCGCACCUGGGUCUGAUAGGGAUCGCACCGCUCGCGCCAUCAUCGUCAAAAUUGUAAACGCAAUGACUGGUGCGUCCGAGAUCGGUGGACCCGCCGUGUGCGCUCAACUGCUCGGCAAUCCUGACCAUUACACAAAUGAAACAUUCAAGGUGUUCUAUUGGUACGCCUACGUUCAGUACGUCAGGAAGUUACACAACGCUGACGCUCCUGUUCAUUCUGAUGAUCCUGAACGACUGUUGCUCGUUCAGACCGAGGACGGAGUUGUGGGGCACUCCAAACUGAGUGACUAUGUCCAUCGCCCUCCUUACUUUGCAUUGUGGUCUUUAUAUGACUUCUUACGCCUGACAGACAUCCGCAAACUGCGUGAGAAGGAUUCUUCAUCUUCGGAUCAGGAUGAGGAGGAAAAUGCGCCUCGCAGUCCUGCAUCCCCUCGUGCUCACCGGUUUACAGCGCCUCACCCUCUCCACAAAAGCCACGGUGUAUACCUUCGCUCAGAGUCAUCAUCGUACGUCCUCAAUUUCGUUGGCCGCGCUCUUCCGCGACCCGACAAGGGAGACAGGGAGGAGUAUGCGUUGACUAUGCUCGUCUUAUUUUACCCAUCGGGUUGGAGGCAUGCAUCAGAUUUGAGGGGAACCUCAUCGUCUUGGUUCGCGAGCUUCGAGCAGGCCCAUUUCACGGAUCGUUCGCUCGCCGUCAUGAAACACAUGAACGUUCUAUAUGAGUGUCUGGAUGCACGAGACGAUUUCGCUGCU